GCCUUCGAGAUACGACAGAAGUACCUCCACUAUUCAGUCUUGAAUGGAUUGCCAGUGUGGUGGGUAUCUAGUGUCUUUCACUUGCGUAAAUUUCUGUGAACAAAAAAAGUGCUCAAAUUCCAUCACAAAUCCACAAAAUAUCCAUCAAAAGUAUCAUAAAUAGUGUUUUUGAUCAUAAUAGAAGCAAUUUUUGAAAAGAAAAUUGUGGAAAAGUGCAAAAAAUGGGAGAAAACUGGUGAAUUUCAACUUCUUGCCUCUUGUAAAUCCCACCACACAUACAACGGCAACAAAAAGAGUACGGCUCCCAUUCAACAUUUUAUUUCUUCUUCUUCUCCAAUAUGCUCAAUACAGUGAAGACAUUUUAAUAUCCGUGUUCUCUCUCACUCCACAUACAUCAUAAACAAGGUGUGGAGAUUUUGAAUAGAGCCAAGAAAAAUACCAUUGCCCAGUUUAUACAUGUGUUGGUGCGCAAAGUGAAAUCUAUCUUGACUUUUGUGAGUGAGCUCAAAAGAGUCUUUUACUCUUUUUCACCUUCCUUCACUCUUUAAUUUUUGUAUAUAAUUUACGUGAUUUUUUUUAUACCCUUACGUGGUGUCUCCUUUUUGUGCCACCACUAAAACCAUAUCUUAAACGUGUUGUUAAGUGUUACUUUUUAAUUAAGAUAAUUAUUGCGUUUUUUUCCAACGAAAAUUCGCGCGUGUUGCUUUAAAAAGCUGGAAAAGUGCUAUGAAAAUCGUGAAAUAGCGUCCUUCACAUGGAUGCUAAAUUACUAUCAACGAGAGUGGAGGAAUAAGAAGAAAAAAACUCAACAAGAAAUGGAAAUUGAGUCUGUGAAUCUCUCACCACGACGUCAUCUUCAAGUUCAUCUGGUUUCUAUCUAGUUUCUAGCCUCCAGUUUGCGACGUGGUGAAGAUUGUUCACCUUCUCCCCGGAAAAAGAGGCAGCUAAUAUCUUCCUAUUUUUCUUCCACCGCCAAAUCCUUCACUUUACUCUCCAACGCAAAACCCAAAUCCCCUCCUGUGAGUUUUUGGGUGUCUCACGGUGAUUUAGUACGGCAAAAGGUAGAGAUCUUUUGUUGGCGGAAGAAACUGGAAAUUCUUAGAAGGAAGCCACCACUUGAAACAUCGUCUAUACCUGAGCGAACGUGUCAAAAUGCUAAGGAAAUUGCAAAUCUAUCUUUUCUACACAACAUUUCUUCUUCUUGGACCAAUUGCAAAGCUGUGCCAAUGUGCUGAUUUAGUAAUUGAAAUAACCGGUAAUUUGGGCCAAGACGAUUCAUACUACCGUUUAGACUACUAUCCACCGUAUGGAAAUCCAGCACCAAAUACAACAAUAGCAUCACGUGACAUUGGUGACAGGAUACAAUUUUCACACACUUUACCUGGAACACGGUACAAUUUCUGGUUGUACUACACAAAUGCCACUCAUCAUGAUUGGCUAACUUGGACUGUCUCAAUCACGACAGCUCCUGAACCACCAUCGAAUCUCUCAGUUUCUGUACGAAGUGGUAAAACCGUCCUCAUAUCAUGGAGUCCGCCCACACAAGGCAAUUUCACUAGUUUUAAGCUACGGGUCGUUGGUUUAUCAGACUGUUCCACAAAUCGCACAAUUCCCAUUGAAAAUAAUUCUCUGCAGUAUACACUGAGGGAAUUAACUCCCGGUGCAACAUAUCAAGUGCAAGCAUACACCGUUUUCGAUGGAAAGGAAUCUGUUGCAUACACCAGUCGCAAUUUUACCACGAUGAAACAACGAAUUCGCCAUAAAGAAUUGUUGGAUAUAAAAAUUUUACGAGAACCAAAUACACCGGGGAAAUUUAUUGUUUGGUUUCGAAAUGAGACAACAUUGCUUGUUUUGUGGCAACCACCCUAUCCAGCGGGAAUUUACACCCACUAUAAGGUGUCAAUUGAACCAGCUGACGCCCUAGAAAGUGUACUUUACGUGGAAAAAGAAGGUGAACCACCUGGACCAGCACAGGCGGCAUUUAAGGGUUUGGUACCUGGACGAGCCUAUAACAUAUCAGUGCAAACCAUGUCAGAGGAUGAAAUAUCAUUGCCAACUACCGCUCAAUAUCGUACAGUUCCAUUAAGACCAAUGAAUGUGAGCUUUGACUGGAACUCAAUCACAUCUAACUCAUUCAAAGUGAUGUGGGAAGCACCAAAAGGCAACAGUGAGUUUGACAAAUAUCAAGUGUCGCUGGCCACUUCGCGGCGCCAGCAAUUUGUCCCUCGGACAAGUGAUAGUGUAGCAUGGCUCGAAUUUCGUGAAAAUCUCGAACCGGGCAAGUCAUAUCAGGUUGUAGUGAAAACAGUGUCAGGGAAGGUGACUUCAUGGCCAGCAACGGGUGACGUUACCCUAAAACCCUUACCAGUUCUUGGCCUAAGAUCAUUCACGAACGAACAAACAGGUUUAGUGACCAUAACAUGGGAUCCCGAUCCAGCAAGUACGCAAGAAGAAUACAAAAUAAGUUACCACGAAGUUGAGAUUUACAACGGUGACUCAAGUACAAUGAACACCGACAAAACAACAUAUCCCCUCGAAACACUACUGCCAGGACGUAAUUACUCCGUAACAGUUCAAGCAAUUUCAGUCAAAGUUGAAUCUAAUGAAUCAACCAUCAAUGUUGUCACUCGUCCAUCAUCCCCAAUCAUCGAGGAUCUCAAGUCCAUUCGUGAGGGAUUGAACAUCAGCUGGAAGAGUGAUGUGAACUCCCGGCAAGAAAAGUACGAGAUAAUGUAUUCUCGAAAUGAUACUGGUGAAGUGAAGACCAUUCUCACAACAGACUCUCGAAGAGUCAUAAAGAAUUUGUAUCCUGGAGCAGGAUAUGAAAUAAAAGUAUUUGCACUGAGCCAUGGACUUCGCAGUGAACCUCAUGCAUAUUUUCAAGCUGUCUAUCCAAAUUCACCACGUAACAUGACAAUUGAAAAAGUGACAAGCAAUUCCGUGCUGGUACGCUGGAUGCCACCGAUUCAGAGUGAAUUUAGUGAAUAUUCAAUUCGCUAUCGUACUGAAAGUGAACGUCAGUGGAUUCGUCUGCCUUCAGUGAAAUCAACAGAAGCUGAUGUGACAGACAUGACGCCAGGAGAAAAGUACACAAUACAAGUUAACACUGUGAGCUAUGGUGUUGAAAGUCCCAAUCCUCAGCAUGUUAAUCAAACAGUAAGACCCAAUCCAGUCUCAAACAUCAUACCCCUUGUUGACUCCACCAACAUCACAUUGGAGUGGCCAAGGCCAGAAGGACGUGUUGAGACAUACUUUGUACACUGGUGGCCAGUGGCAAAUCCCGAUCAAGUGCACACCAAGAAUGUAUCCGAACACUAUGUGAUUCCAAUGAGUUGGAUUGGAGAUCAAUCCGAGGGAAAAUUGAAUGUCGACGAAACACCAACAGUUCAUGUCUUAAUUGGGGAUCUGAUGCCGGGAGUUCAAUACAAGUUCCGCAUUCAUACCAUCUCCUACGGACUAACCAGUGAUAUUACGCAACUUACCACACGAACUAAACCCUUAAUCCAAUCGGAGGUGUUUGUGGUAAACAACCUCCAAGAACGUGAUACAGUUACACUAAGCUAUACACCAACACCUCAGAUGUCUUCCAAAUUUGACCUCUAUCGCUUCUCUCUUGGCGACCCCGAUAUUCUCGAUAAGGAGAAAUUGGCCAAUGACACAGACCGAAAAGUUACGUUCACAGGUCUUAUGCCGGGUCGUCUGUACAAUAUAACAGUUUGGACUGUAAGUGGAGGUGUGGCAAGUCUUCCAAUUCAGCGUCAGGAUCGCAUGUAUCCUGAACCCAUAACUCAACUCAAUGCCACCCGAAUCACUGACACAGAAAUAACACUCAAGUGGGAUAUUCCAAAUGGCGAAUACAAUGCCUUUGAAGUGCAAUAUCUCACAAUUGACAAUAACUAUGUGCAAAAUUUAACCGUACAUGACAGUAUUACGAUAAAAGACUUAAAACCCCAUCGCAACUACACCUUUACCGUUGUUGUACGUUCAGGCACCGAAUCGAGUGUCUUGCGAAAUAGUCUUCCAGUAUCAGCCAGUUUCACCACCAAAGAAUCCGUACCCGGAAGAGUGGACAGAUUUGAACCGGUGGACAUCCAGCCGAGUGAAAUAACAUUUGAAUGGUCACUACCGGUUAGUGAAGCAAAUGGUGUUAUUCGGCAAUUUUCAAUAACGUACGGCCUCGAGGGUUCAGCCCAUACUCAAGUUCGUGACUUUAAGCCAAAUGAAUUCCAUGGAAUACUGAAAAAUCUCCUCCCUGGAAAAUCAUAUGUAUUUAGGAUACAAGCCCAAACAGCAAUUGGAUAUGGUCCAGAAACAAUUUGGAAGCAGAAAAUGCCAAUUUUGGCACCACCACAACCCGCAACCCAAGUCGUUCCUACUGAAGUCUACCGUAGUUCAUCAACUAUUCAAAUACGCUUCCGCAAAAAUUAUUUUUCAGACCAAAAUGGUGCUGUUAUUAUGUAUACCAUUAUUGUGGCUGAAGAUGAUACGAAAAAUGCAUCGGGUUUGGAAAUGCCAUCAUGGCGUGAUGUACAAUCAUACAGUAGUUGGCCACCAUAUCAAGUCAUUGAGCCCUACUAUCCUUUCAAAAAUAAUUCCGUUGAGGACUUUACAAUUGGUGCUGAAAAUUGCGAUGUCAAACAAACUGGCUACUGCAAUGGACCCCUGAAGUCGGGAAGAGUGUUUCGGGUUAAAGUGAGGGCUUUUACUGCACCAGAUAAAUUCACGGACACCGCCUACAGUUUUCCAAUUCAAACCGGCCUCUUGUCAGUGGAUCAAGAUAACACUUCAAUCAUAAUAGCCACAUCAGUGAGCCUGUGUCUCUUGGUUCUGAUUCUUGUGGCGGUAUUUUUCAUCCGUAAGAGACGAAACGGCACCCGGAAGGCAACAAAAGAGCCACGAUCCAGCGACAAUAUGUCACUUCCGGAUAGUGUUAUUGAAACAAGUCGCCCAAUUGAGAUAAAGAACUUUGCUGAACAUUACCGAAGAAUGGCAGCUGAUUCUGAUUUUCGAUUUAGCGAAGAAUUUGAGGAGUUAAAGCACGUUGGACGCGACCAACCAUGCACAUUUGCCGAUUUGCCAUGCAAUAGACCAAAGAAUCGCUUUACAAAUAUUCUGCCAUAUGAUCAUUCACGCUUCAAAUUGCAACCUGUGGAUGAUGAAGAAGGUUCUGACUAUAUCAAUGCUAAUUACGUGCCCGGUCACAAUUCCCCACGAGAAUUCAUCGUGACUCAAGGACCCCUUCACUCCACCCGAGAUGACUUCUGGCGAAUGUGCUGGGAGAGCAAUUCGAGGGCCAUUGUCAUGCUCACGCGAUGCUUUGAGAAGGGACGCGAAAAGUGUGACAGAUACUGGCCAAAUGACACAGUUCCCGUCUACUACGGAGACAUUCGAAUACAUAUGCUGAACCUCAGUACCUAUCCCGAUUGGGUAAUCACGGAAUUUAUGAUGAGUCGGGGUGAUCAACAACGAUGCAUCAGACACUUCCACUUUACCACGUGGCCAGAUUUUGGUGUACCGAAUCUACCUCAAACCCUGGCGCGCUUUGUGAGAGCCUUCCGGGAUCGAGUGGGACCUGAUCAAAAGCCCAUUGUUGUACAUUGCAGUGCUGGAGUUGGCCGUUCAGGCACCUUUAUAGCUCUCGAUCGUAUCCUUCAGCAAAUUGUCGUUUCAGACUAUGUUGACAUAUUUGGCAUUGUGUGGGCAAUGCGAAAAGAACGAGUCUGGAUGGUUCAGACAGAACAACAAUACAUUUGUAUUCAUCAAUGUUUGAAGGCUGUGUUGGAGGGGAAGGAGAAUGUUAUGUCUCCACCGAGAGAAAUGCAUGAUAAUCAGGGAUAUGAAGAGAAACAAGAUGAUCCACUCUUAGCUGUUAAUACGACCAAUAUUGAGGAAACAACGAAUCAGUGGAAAACGGAAAGAUGACAGGAAGACAACGAUAGUGACAAUAUUCUUAUUGUCACUGCAGACAAUAAUCCGCCACCUGUAGAUGUAGAUGAUGAGAGAAUAAGAGUGUCCAUUGAGGAUAAUUGUGAUGAGACAACAGGGACUAAUGGAGUGCACGAGAUUUAUGGGGAACCUAACGUGAAAAGUAGUGAAGUAAUAGUUGAAAUUGAAAAUUCCGCCUAUAUUGACAACAAUCCCAACGAGAAGCGCCAAUCGCGAGCAUCAAUUAAAUUUAUAGCAGCUGAUAUUGCUGUAGAAAAUGGCUUUCAUGAUAUCUACAAUGGAAACUGCGUAUCUACUGAUGACUGCGAAAAGAUCACGCAGAACAGCAAACCAGGAUAUAAAAUCAUCAUGAAAAAUGAACACGAAUGCACUCUCCUUGUCAAUGGUGACGGUGAUAUUCACGAAAAUGGCAUCAAUGGAUACAGCGAGAGUGAAAAUUGUGAUGAUGAUGAUGACGAAGAACUUUUGGCACACACUAAUCCUGAUAUUCACAUCAAUGGGAACAGUGAUGGUGAUGGACUUAACAAAAGUAAUUGCAUCUUGGAUGAUGAAGGAAUAGCUGAAUCUGGAAUGUAAUUCCUCCACUAGAUAUCAUCUCGAAAAAUACUUAAUGGAAUUCCGUGUCUACGUAAUUAUAAUUAAUUCAAUUUACUUUGCAAACGCAAUCGAAUGAAAAAUUAAUUCACAAAUUGAAUUUUGAUAUUAAGAACAAGUGAAUAAUUGACGGUUAUUUUGAAAAUAUACUGUAAAUAGAUUUUUUUUAGCAAAUACAUUAUAAAGGAUAUACUAUGUAAAUUAUGUACAUAAAUUGAUUGGAAAUUUAUCAGAAUAAGUAUUAUUAUAUGAAAAAAAAAAAGAAAAUUAAAUAUAAAAUGACCAAUCGUACUUACA